AUGGACGCCACUGGUGAGUCUAAGUGUCUGCUAUUUGAUACCGUAGCUGAAGAUAUCAUUGGGGCAUCUGCUAAAACCAUACUUGGUGGAUCACUCCAGGAGAUUGAUAAUCCUGAUGAUAUUCCUGAUCAACUAAAGAACUUGGUUGGGAAAACUUUUCUUUUCCUUGUGGCCAUUGGGAAAGAAAACAUUUGGGGAGGAAAGGAUACUUAUAAAGUGUCUAAGGUUUUGCAAAAAGAUGGCCUCCUUGUGGAAGAGACUCCACAAGAAUCUACAGAAAUGAUGAAUCCUGCAACUAUUGUCUCUGGUGAUCAGCUGCUCAUCACCUACAGUCAAGAAACUACAGAAUCCAAUACCCCAUCCUCUAAGCGUGUCUAUGCUGCUAAUAAUGAUCCUGGUGAACAAACAUCCACUUCUAAGAAGCCCGUUGUGAUCAAGAAGCCGCGACUCGUGAACGUUAAAGUUGAAAAGAAUCCCUAA